AUGAGUGAUAGGAUUGAAAAAGUCUUGAAUGAACGACAGCCAUGCAAGCAAGCAGGGUUUCGAAAAGGAUUCAGUACGAUUGACCACAUUCGCACUGUUUCGAAACUCAUCGAGGUAUCACGAAAGUACAAGAUGCCGCUCUGUCUCACCUUCAUCGACUUGAAAAAGGCCUUCGACCCAAAUGAGACGGAAGCGGUCAUGGAAGCCUUGCACAACCCUACUCAGUUCAUAAAGGUAUUUCGAGAGUUGUACAGUAACUCCUCGACCGGAAUUUCGCCAUUCUACAAGGAUGUCAUCAUUGACGUGAAGAAGGGGGUCCGACAGGGUGAUACAAUCUCACCCAAUAUAUUCACAGCCACUCUCAAGAACGGAGUGCGAAAUUUGGAAUGGGACGACAUUGGAGUGAAGGUUGAUGGUCGGCAGCUACACCAUUUGCGCUUUGCUGAUGACAGCGUACUGAUAACACCUAGCACCAGCGAAGCGGAACGAAUGCUGACCGAAUUCGACGGAACAUGUGGAUGCAUCGGUCUUCAGCUGAAUCUGAAAAAGACGAUGUUCAUGCGCAACGGAUGGGUCUCGGAUGCCCCAUUCACGCUCAACGGAACGGACAUAUCCGAAUGCACCAGUUACGUUUAUCUGGGACGGGAUUUGAACAUGAUGGACAACCUGACCCCCGAGCUGGGCAGGAGGAGACGAGCGGCUUGGGGAGUGUACAAGAGCAUUGGGGAUGUAGUGAAGAAGACCAGGAACACUUCGUCGCUCGUCUCCUCGGCUUCGUGCUCACCUCUUCAACACUACCGUACAUCCUUUGACCUAUGCUUCGGAAACCUGGGCGUUUCGCAAAGCGGUGAGCGUCGGCGUAACUGA